AUGUCUGUCGUCAAUGUCGCAGGUGGAACUGGUGGAGGUGGUGGUCUGAAUGGGGGUCAUGGAGGUGAUGGUCAUGGCCCACAGAUCUAUGUGACUGGAGACUAUACCCACAUACAUGGUGCAGCAAACACAGAGUUCCAAGAAGACAUGUAUCUAAUCAACUGGAUCUCGCCAAUCAACUUCUUCCUUCGGCAUCAGGCUAUCUCUGAGAUCAGGAAGAAGAACACUGGAGACUGGCUGUUGGAGCAUCCAGAAUUCGUGAAAUGGAAAUCAACAACAGGAAGCAUACUUUGGUGUACAGGCAUCCCUGGAAUGGGGAAAACAGUGCUGGCAUCUAAAGUGGUGGACUAUUUUUCCCAGCUUCAACAGCUGGAUUCUGAAAUUGGAGUGGCUGCAGUUUAUCUGAACUUCAAGGAGACAGAGAUCCAAACUGAAAAGAAUCUUGUGGCAGCUAUCUGGAGACAGCUCAAGAUAAAUAAGGAUAUCUUACAGGCCAGAGAUCUCUACAACUCCCAUAGGGAAAAGGGCACCCAUCCCAGCUUAUCUGAGAUCCAAAAGCUUGUUUCUUCACUAUCAGCUACUUUCAGAAUUGUCUAUAUUGUGGUGGAUGCAAUGGAUGAAUACCAGCAUGGUGAAUAUCAUCCAUUACUCACACAAUUUCUCCAGUUUGGAGGGAAUGUGAACUUGAUGAUAAUGUCAAGGCCUCAUCUAGUUCUGCCCUCCCAGUAUUCAAUGACUAUGAUAGCAUUGCAGGCAAAUGAAGAAGAUAUAAAAUCAUAUGUCACAGCAGAGAUAGACCAGCAUCAAACUCUUAGGGAGUUUCUGUCUGAAGAUAUUGAUCUUAGAGAGGAAGUGAUUAACAAAAUGAUUAUCAAGGCUAAUGGCAUGUUCCUGAUGGUCCAGCUACACAUCCAGCUUUUAAGUACUGUGCUAACAGUGGAGGCAUUGGAGCAAGCACUGGAUGAUUUGCCAGAUGAUCUGGACAUUGGAUAUAGCCGAACCAUAGAGCAUAUCAAGCAUCAACCAGCAAAGCAAGCAGAGCUUGCAAUGCUUGCUCUGGGAUGGGUUUCACAUGCCAGAUAUCCACUGACAGGAUCUGAACUGCAGACAGCACUUGCUAUGACAACAAAAACUACACAACUGCCUAGUUCUAAGCAGCUGGUUAGAAUUGGCUAUAUCAUCAAGAUAUGUGGUGGGCUCAUUAUCCAGGACAAGUCCUCAGAUAUACGGCUUGUGCACUAUACAGCCCAGGACUUUCUAGAGAAAAUCAAAUAUGCCCCAUUUUCAGAUAUGCAUAUCAGGAUCACACAUAUCUUGUGUAUCUAUUUGGGACUGGUCCCCCUGACUGCUCAGCGAAAUAUAGACGAUUACUAUCUGGUUCAGCAGAAGUAG